GUUAGGUGGCGGAUUCGACUUUUCUGAUGAUGUCAUUUGUUGUUCUGGGAUACGACAAGAUGGCGAUAAGGUGAUGAUGAUCAUUUUAAGAAAUAAACAGUAGAUCAAGAACGGUCGUUGUGUAUUUUAAGUUAUAAAAACUGUAAGCGAGUGUAAAAAAUGGAAGUUGAUAGUGACAUUGAAGGAGGCUUACUCCAACAGUUCAGUUGUUUGACAACUACAGAUAGAGAUGUGUUAAUAUCUGAAUUGCAAAAAUUGCUCGGAGAUCAACUAAAUGCUGCUGGUUGUGCUUUCUUUCUCGAUAUGAAUAAUUGGUGAAAAAACAAACAAAAUAAUGUUAAAACUUUUUUUAUUUUUCAAUGGGUUGGGAAUACNCCUUCUAUGUCAUUUGUUAAAGAUGUAACUAUUGGAGAAGGUGAAGCAAUUCCUCCUAACACAAAAUUUGUAAAAACAUGGAGAAUUCAGAAUCAUGGUGAUAAUUCAUGGCCACCUGGUUGUGGAUUAAAAUUUACAUCUGGAGAUAGACUUGGACAUGAAGAUCGAGUUUUAGUUGAAUCAUUAAGGCCCCGGGAAAUUGCAGAUGUUUCUGUAGAAAUGAUAAGUCCUAUAAAACCAGGUAUAUAUCAAGGACAGUGGAGGAUGUGUACAGCUACAGGACAUUAUUUUGGAGAAAUAAUCUGGGUUAUUGUAUCUGUAGCUGAAGGAGGAUUAUUAGGUGUUACUCAACAAAUGGAAGCCUUUCAUCAGUUAGGAUCUCCGCCACGUAAUUCACAUAUACCUUCUGGAAACCCAUUUGCUCCUACUGGAAAAUACACAGGUGUUUCAACAACUCCACCACCAAAUUUAGGUUGUAUACCAUGUCCUGGAGCAAGUGAUCCUGUUCCAAUUUUGUCAGGUCCAACAUUUCCACAGUCAGCUAGUGUACCAUCAUCUCCUGUUAGACAUCCAACAGUGCAGAAUUCAACUCAUUUUGGACAUCUGCCAUCAAUUACAUCAUCACCUUUACUACAGAAUGGUGAACCAUCCACUGAGGAAAUGACUCCAUAAAAGUUUCAAAGUUUUCCAAAAACCAUCUCUUUGUUAACAAAUAGAAGAUUGUCUUGUGCGUUAAUUGUCACACAUCAUUAAAAUGUCUAGUAAAAUUCACCAGUUUACUUUCUUCACAUCUAAACAGAAUUUCAACUUUAUAAACAAAAGCCAAAUGAAAUAGGAGUUAUAGAAAUAAGCAUUAUUCAAACGUCCUUGUUUCUGAAUAACUAUACCAGUGUUGUUUAUUCUGGAUAAUAGUUAUUUAUGAAUUUAAAAUGUUUUACUGAAAACUACUUUUUUUAUAAAUAUAUUCUAAAAUAGAAUUAAAUAGAAAUAUAAUUAACUAUUCAUUGAUUUGUAAUUGAAGAAAUGAAACUUUAUGAUUAUUAAAUAAAUUUUCUGUUUCCUUAAAAAGAAUUUGUUUGUGAUCAUGUUUUUAACAAAUUAGAUUUCUAGUGUAGGUUUCAAGUUUUGAUUGUCUGUUAACAAUCUUUGAUAAGAAAAUGAUUUAUUUAACAAAUUCAUAUUUGGAUUUUAAUAAUUGUGUUUUCAAUAAAAAUACUUAUUUUAGUUUGAUUUUACUUGGAUUGUUCUAUAAGUGCAUUAUUGUUGUGUACAGUUUUCUUAAAGGUCGGCAAAAUCCAUUUCAGAUGUUGGUAAUGCUAUAUAUAUAUAUAUAUUUGUAAUAAUUUUUAAUGGUUUAAGCCAUUUGUGAAUUAAAAAUUAUUUUGGUUUUGAAUUUUUUUCUUUAAAUUGUGUUUAGAAAUUUACAUUUUAUAGAAGAAAACAUUAGGAAAAGUUAUUCUUGAAAAUAACUAAUUAUAAUGUAAUUAAAGCACAUAGUAUGAGAGUAAUCUUGACCAAAAUUAAGAGAGUUACUUAAAAAUAUCAGAAUCCCUAUAUCUUAUACAGUAUAUCAUAUUUUGAUAAGGAAUUGUCACAUUUAUAAAACAUUUUCCAAGGUUUUAUUUCAUUAUUUUCUACUGUCUCUUGCUGCACUAUAACAUGUCACUUGUCAAAUAUGUCAGUGUUAUGAUGUUACAUUGUCAUUUUAAUACGAAAUAUUGCUUUUUGGUAAUUUGUGUUCGUUCUUUGUUCAUAUUCAUACAAUAUAAUUUUUUUCUGUGGUAGAAAUAAAUGGUUAAUUUUUUUUUCUAAAUUGUUUUAAAAUUUGAAUUUGAGUAUAAUUUUGAAAUUAUUUUCCUUUAUUUGUGGUAGAUUUGUAAGUGGUUAAAUAAUUCAUAUGUAAUUAGUGAACUAAUUUCAAUCUGUACUUCAUGACCAGAACUGCAAAUAGAAGUAGAAGCUUUGUUGUUUAUUAGAAUUUCUUGUCUUGCCUUUAGCAUAUAUUUACAUACAGGGUAUAUUCGUAGGAAAAUUAAUUUUUUUUUAUUAAAUUUUGUUUUUUAAUUAGAAUUAGUGUAUUUUAUAAAAUAAAAUCUAUUUAAUAAAAUUUAAAAAACAUAAUUGAUGGAAUAAAAUUGAUAUUUCAUUAAUAUUUUAGUACAUUAAACAAAAUUUAAAAACCUUUCAUACUUUCAAAUUUUAAAUGAUGAAGGAAACUACUUACAUUUUACUAUUUAGAAAAUAAACCAAAAUUUAAAGCAAGUUACUCAGAUUUUUACAGAAUUAAAUUUUAAAUAUUAAUGAAUAAAAAUGAAUUAAUCAGUUUUUACUUUGUUUUUAUGUAAUAAAUCCAGUUUUUUUAUUUAAUUUUAUUUUCUUCAUUUUUUUAAUUACAAAUACAGUUGUUUUUUCCUACUCCAAAGUAUCCAAACUAAAUCUCACUGUGUCGUGAAUUCAUGGUCCAAGUUUUUGAAAUAAGAAUGCUUUUAUUUGACCAAUAUAUAAAAUAGAAGUGAAGUUUUCAAAAAUAAAAUUUUCAUAUUUUUCUUUACAAAGUCGUCAUACUGUUUCAGCUAACUAUCCAGUUCACAUUUUUGAUAUUAUCUUGUGCUAAUACAAAAUGUCACCAUGUCAGGUGAAUAUAACUGAACAAAAAUAAGUAGAUGUGAUAUAUUUGUGCUAAAAAUCUGUUACAGAUAUAUUAGUCAUAUUUCUUGCAAUUGUUGCCUUAUAUGAACUUGUCUUCUUCUUAUUCUGUAAUAAAAUAUUGUUGUUAAUGUUGUAUCAAUGUGAUACUGAUCAUUUAUGACCUUUUAGAAUACAUGCUAUAUUUGUUGUUGAAAUACAAGGUGAAAUUUAAAAAAGAAAAAAAAAAAGAAAAACAAUGUAACUUUGUUAUUUCUGAUGAUAUCGUUAUGAGAUAUUCCACUUUGGUUAGUUUCUUAUCUUCUAUCAUGUGAUAUUUUCAUUAAUAUCUAAUGUAAAUUCAGUAUAAUUGUUUGACAUAUUUGCUAUUUCUGAAAUAAUUUGUCAUUCUUCUAAUGGUUAUUUUCAUUCUUAAAGUUUAAGAUUAGAUAUACAGAAAACA